CCGACCGAUUCCCUCCGGAGCACACUGCCCUUUGUUUAACUUCAAGCUUGGCAUCUCAGCAACCACCACAACCGCGCUCUCAGAACAUUACAUGCUGGACACCUCGACAUUGCCUCCGACUCCCAUGCUCUCCUUCCACCUCCCGGCUUGACGUAACAGCUGCUUCCACAACCCUCCCCUACCAUGUCCUGCAAACACACCCGCUCUCUCAUCCUCUGGUCCCUGAAGCACCUCCGGCCGCUCACCUCCGACUACAAGCCACCAUCCAGCCCAUCCGGCUGCCUCAUUUGCCACGAGUCGUUCAACGCGGCUUCUCACUUCCCCCUCCGCAUCACCGACGUACCUGGCUGCCCAGGUCACGUCUUCGGCGCCACAUGUCUGCUAGAAUGGAUCACGGGUCCAUGGGCCAAAGCGAACACCUGCCCGCUAUGCCGUACCGUCUUGCUCAGCGCCAGCGCCAGCAGGACUAGCGAUGUGGACUCCGAGGAAGCGAGCGCAAGGAACGAGUAUAGAGCGAGUGUGGAUUAUGACUUCAGGAUCGAGAUGAUGAGGGACGUAGAGGCGAAGAUUCGGAAGAGCGUGGAUUUGUUCGAGGACUUGGCUGAGGGAUUCUUGGGCGUGCCGGUCGGUAGGGAUGAGGGAGGGCAUGGAGGAGAGCAGGAUGUGAGCGAGCAGAAUGCGCACGAGCAAGGAAGCCAGAAUAGCGUGGGCCAGCCGACCGAACAGGAACCUGAACAUACCAACGAAAGCGACGUCCCACCGCAUAUCCAAUCCCCGACGGCGACCCGCCAGCUCCCUAUCAACACCCUCGAAGCUCGGGUCUUCGCCCCAAAAUUCCGCGAUGCUACGGCACACUGGACACGGGAAGAGCGCAACGAAACUCGCGCACUAUACAUCUCCAAAGGCCUCUCUAGCGAGAUGCUCAACUUCUACGACCGAAUGCACUGGCUUGUGGAUAGACAGUCUGGGAUUCAAGCGCUAAAGGGUGAGGCUGUGAGAGCUGAGAAGCGCAGACAUGCGAGCGGUACUGCCGCCCCGGCUGCACCGCUGUCACUGCCGAUGUGGCUGCGCGUCAUCUUGACGGCUUUAUCUGUCAUGGUGUAUUUCCGGCUGGCAGUGGGGUUGGCGAGAGGGUGCUGAAAUGAGC